AUGGCAUCGUUCAACCUCACCCCUUCUGACCCAUCAGCAUUCAUCCUAACAGGCAUCCCUGGCCUGCAAGCUGCUCACAUCUGGAUUUCCAUCCCUUUUUCUAUGUUCUACAUUAUCAUCCUUUUGGGAAAUUUCACGGUUCUGUUUGUUGUAGGCAAAGAGCAGAGCCUGCACAAGCCGAUGUACCUGCUGCUCUGCAUGCUGGCACUCACAGACAUCAGCACUUCUAGCUCUGUCAUACCAAAUGCACUGUUCAUAUUUUGGUUCAAUUUGAAAAGCAUUACUGUCGGUGGCUGCCUCACCCAGAUGUUCUUCCUUCAUGCGGCUUCUGUUAUGCACUCAGCCGUCCUUGUCACAAUGGCCUUUGAUCGCUAUGUUGCCAUAUGUAAGCCUCUGAAUUAUGCCACCAUCCUCACCAACACACGAAUAGCUAAGCUAGGGCUAGUGGGUUUGAUAAGAGCUGUUGUCUUCAUUCUGCCCAUGCCCCUGCUCCUGAGCAGGCAGCCAUUGUGUGCCAACCGCAUCAUCCCACAUACUUACUGCGACCACAUGGCUGUGGUGAAGAUGUCGUGUGGGGACACCACUGUCAGCAGACUGUAUGGCUUGGUGAUAGCAGUUGUAGUUAAUGGAUUAGACCUGAUGCUCAUUGCCUUGUCAUAUGGUCUGAUCAUCAGGGCUGUCCUCAGAAUCUCCUCGAAGAGAGCCCACCAUAAAGCCCUCAACACCUGCACAGCCCACAUCUGUGUGAUACUGACAUCUUAUACUCCCUCCAUCUUCUCCUCUCUGACACACCGCUUCGGUCAGGGCAUUGCUCCACAUGUUCACAUCAUCUUGGCCAACCUCUAUUUUCUCAUCCCACCCAUGCUCAACCCUAUCAUUUAUGGGGUCAAAACCAAAGAGCUCCGUGACAAAGUGGGCAAAUACAUCUGCAGAAAGUGA